CUCAUUCAUUCACCUCGCACCCUUCCUCCCAUUCACAUUCCGCAUUGCUGUUCACCAAGUCUUUCUCUCUUCCACCCCACCAUUACCAUCCCUCACGACUGUAGCAAGUAGAUUCCGUACGCCUCGCCGCUUCCAUCAACACUAUCCCAACUAAUUGAUAGACGCACAAUGAGCUGGAAGGGAUUCACAAAGGCUGUCUCUCGACUACCCCAUACACUCUCAACAAAAACCGGCAUCCGUGACGGAACGAAGGAUAUCGAAUUCCAGGAAUUAAAUUCCAAGUUCACAGCGUGUGAAAAGGUUACCGCCAAGCUACUGGAGGAUGUCUGCAAAUACCGCGACAAUGUCACUGCAAUGCUGAACCAUCAAGCCGAGUUCGGCAUCAUUCUCGAAGAGAUCUACGAUCCAUCGUUGGGGAUGCCCAACGGCGAGGUGACACCCCGCAGGGUACAGACGGCUCCAGAGUCUGUCCAGGCUGUAGAUGACUUCCAGGCGGUUAUGAGGGAAAUGAGGAACAUUCUACUGCCCGAAGUGGACAAAUUAGAGCUCGGAGUCGUGUGCCCUCUGACCGAGAUGCAGAACAAUAUGAAGCUGAUCCGCAAGACCAUCACGAAGAGAGACCAUAAGUUGAUCGACUAUGAUCGCUUCCGGAUCUCGCUCAAAAAGUUGCAGGAUAAGAAGGAAAGGACUCUGAGCGACGAGAAGCAGAUCUACAAGCUGGAAUCUCAAUUGGAGGUGGCGACAGCGGAUUACGAGGGUCUGAACGGGAUUCUGCGCGAGGAGCUUCCGGGAUUCUUUUAUUACCGGACACAGUUGAUGGAACCCCUUUUCCAAACGUUCUACUAUUUGCAGCUCCGAAUCUACAACAUCAUGCUGGACCGGCUGGGACCUUUGGCUUCAAGCGGGUACUUUGAUCUGAACAUGGACGUCCAGCAGGGAUAUGAGGCGCGCAAGGAGGACACCAUGGCCACUGUUGAGUCCGUUGAGCACAUCACCAAGAGAUCGGCUGCUGCAUCCUACACAAGCAAGUAUGGUCGACCAAACUAUGAGACAGGUACUGUGGAGACAUUAGGAGCUUCAGCACCAGGAUCACCCGUGACCGGAUCAAGGGGAUAUUCUUCACCGGUCCCAGCGCCUAAGCCUUGGCAGGCGCAUGCACCGACUGUAGGUGCAAAGCCUUGGCAGACCCCUAGUGCAUCGCCCAAGCCCUGGAAGUCUGGAGCGGCUUCUCCGCGAUCCCAGCAGGAAGAGUCGAUCCCUCCUCCACCUGCAUAUAACGCACUGCAGGAAGGCGCAUCCGCACAGCCUACGACAGCAGCGUCAUCACGAUACAAGGCACCGCAGAAUAUCAACAUUCAUUUGGCGCCGUCAGUGUCUGGCACGAUUGGGGCAACGGCGACAGCAGCAGCGACAUCGCAUGCGAUAAACAGGUUUAAUGAGGGCUUGAACGGUACUCUGCAGGCACAGGCAGCAAACAAGCGUCCACCACCGCCGGUUCCAAAGAAGAUUGGGGCCCGGACGGUUGUUGCACUCUAUGAUUACGAUGCGCAGCAGGAAGGUGAUUUGAGUUUCAAGAAGGACGAUCGGAUUGAGUUGGUGGAACGAACGGCAGGUUCGGACGGUUGGUGGACUGGUAGACUCGAUGGACGACAGGGCGUCUUCCCUGGCAACUACGUCCAAGAGAUGUAGUCGCGCGGAGAAGCAUUAUAGACAACAAACACGAGAGAUUUUAUUGCAUUGAAAUAAAUAAUAUGUAUAUGCCGCGUCGAG